AGUGAUGGCAGUGAUGCGCGCCAAUGACUACUGCGCGCAUUAAUAUCGUUCCGUUUCAAAGAUAAGAAAUGUCAAAAAAACAUGACAGUGAGAUUUGCACAAUAUCUUCAGCUUGUUGCAUUAAUUGCUAUAUGAUAACUGUACAGUACCAUCGGUAACCCGUGGUAUUUUACAUCCAAGCUUGACUUGAUAAGCACAGGAAAAAAUUGUAAACGUGUAAAAUGAGUCGAAAACCUAAAUUACUUGUCUUUGAUUUAGAUUAUACCUUAUGGCCAUUUUGGGUUGAUACUCAUGUUACUCCACCUUUUAGAAAGAAAGGAAAUGAUGUAGUAGAUGCUCACGGUCAACUUAUAAGAUACUAUAAGGAUGUACCUGAAAUAUUGAAAAGUUUAUCAGCAAAAUAUGAACUUGGUGUUGCAUCACGUACAUCUGAAAUACAGGGUGCUAAACAAUUAUUAAAUUUGUUUAAUUGGGAUAAAUAUUUUAAGUAUAAGGAAAUUUAUCCAGGAAGUAAAGUUACUCAUUUUUCUAAAAUUCAAAAAGCAUCAGGUAUUGAUUAUAAAGACAUGAUGUUUUUUGAUGAUGAACAAAGGAAUAUUGUUGAUGUAAGUAAACUUGGUGUUACAUGUAUAUUGGUAAAAAAUGAUUUGACACAUGCAGUUGUUGAAAAUGCUUUAAACAAUUUUUAAUAUGUACAUACACUAUUUAGAAAAAUUUAUGUAGCAAAUAAAAGUUGAUUUUUAGUAUUAACUUUUA